CUCUCCAUUCACAGAAACAUUGGUAUGCAAGCUGCUUUCCCAUUCACACGAAGCGAAAAUAAUAUUCAACAUCACCUCUCCUUGCCGUUGUUUUUGUCGUUCCUUUUGUGUUUUUUUUUCCUUUUGUCUCUUUCAAGCUGCAUUCAGCUGGAGCCCUCAUCUCUGUUUUGCUGUUGUUUCCAAGCAGGAGAGAGCAAACGUGCGUGUUCUUUUUUUCCUUUUAGCAGGCAGGAAGAUGUUGGGAGGCACUGCAGUACGAAUGCUGCAGCAGGAGACGAGAGCAGGAAGCUUAUGAAUGACUGUCUGUCUCCAGAUUCACACUUCUCUGGACCUUUUACAUGAAUGGUUUUUUUUGUGGGUUUAUUGUUGAUGGCCGUACAGAUGGCUUGGCUAAUUUUUGACAAGAGCUUGUGAUAGCUGUAGUCUUGUGUGGUCAUGGUUUUCCAGCCUGUCUGCUGUGAUCACAUCUUAACAUUGUGUUAUGUGCUGAUGAAUUAUUCAGAAAAAAAUUCAACAAGAGCUUGGCUGUUUGAGUAAAGGCAGGAAUUUAUUCAAAGGAUAACAGCGUAGGUGACUAUGUUUAGGCUUUGAUUUUAGACCGUGUAAUGAAGAAAGAAACCCAUUCACUGCUGAAGAGUGGAAGAAAAUCUUUCAUGUAUGUUGAUUUUAUAUAUUUACUAAUUUAUUGUAACUUUACACUUACUGUGGGUAUUGCAAGAUUACGUAAGCCAACUAAUAUUUCCAGGUUAGCUAUUGAAGUCGUGGGCAAUAAAUAUACCUAUAUUUCUUAAGUGUUGGCAUCAGUACUUACAGUUAAACACUAUUGGAUUUACACAAUAUGAUACAAUAUUUACCAUUUUAGAUUUUGAUUGUGAUUUUUUCUGUUCUGAUAAAGGGGCUUAAUGUCAUCACUCAGAAGAAAUGAGAUCAGAUUUUUAGUGAAUGUAAGGAUAAAGACUUUGCGGUAAGCAAUAUCAUUAUGAUUAUACUUCGAGUUCAUCUGAACAUUGCAUUUUGAAUUACUUACUUAUGGGUAUUUGCUGUUAUCUUUCAUGCUAUUCAGUGCCUGAUAGACAUAUUUUUUCUGUAAAAAUGAAAUGAAUAGAAAAUGUUUUUCAUGGUGAUAACUGAUUGACAGACAAUGGAGCAACCAUUAAAUGGGUUGAUUUUUAAAAAUAUAUAUAUUUCCCAUUUUCUGUUACAUUUUCCCUUUCAUCGGUUCAACACGGAUGAAUUAAGAGGAAAAAAUCAUUGCUGCAGCCGAGAGGAAGCAUCAGUCUGCGAAAUUUGAGAAUUGAUUGGUUCUAGUGUGCUGUAAGUGGGAGGAUUUUUUUGUAACAGGAAGUGAUUUGCAGUGUUCAGUGAGCCUUUUGUUGAGAAGGAUCUUCUCAGAUCAGUGAGUCAUGCUUUUGCUGUGAGCCGGCAGUCACUGGAGAGAGGCUGGCCAUCUCUACCGUUGGACUCGUCUCUGCUCCUGUGGACCACGACGGCAAAUUUGAGCAUUCUACCAUACUGUGGAAACCAUUUUUUUUAUCUCCUUGCUCUUACAUCCUCUGUUUCCAUGGAUUGUCUGUUUUGCAUUUUAUUUUCUGCCACUGAACUGCAGAGCUGGAUUUCAAUAACAACAGCCUGAACAACAGCAAAGCCACCACAGCCAUCAACACAAAUGGGCAGGGGGGAUAUUAAGUGCAACUGUAGGCAGGCAGAUAGAAGGGCAUGCUUCACCGUACCAAAUACAACCGCUUCAGGAAUGAGUCUGUGACGUCUGUCGAUGAGCUUCUCCAAGGCCUCUCCAUGAACGCCAAGCUCUCGGCCACUCCGGCUUCCUCUGGCGAGCCUCCCUAUACCCCACCAGCUGAGGGGCUCCCCACCGACCCAGAAGAUGGUGGCACCACCCUUUGCACCCUUAUCAACAAGGUGUCCAACUUGAAAUUUGCCAACUCUAGUGGCCUCCUAGGCAUCAAGAGCUUGCCCUCUGCUGUCAAAGACCUGGCCGUUUCCAAACUCCAAGGAGGAGGAGGAGGAGGAGGAGGAGGAGGAGGAGGCUCAGGUAACCCAGGCCCCUUGGCUCCAUCAGCUGCCACAGGCACAGGCUCCUGUGGUUCAGCCUCCACUGGAGCACCGUGCUCCCAGCAGGACACAGCCACUAUGAGUGCAGGCAAAAAGGGCAGGAUGGAGGACAUGCAGCAGGGUGGGGAGGGCUGGAACCCCAGUGCUGGGGGUCUGGUGAACAAGCCCCCCAAAGGAUGGCUUCACACCAGUGAGAAGAUAUCUGGACCCGGUGUGACGUAUAUUGUAAAGUAUUUAGGUUGCAUAGAAGUCUUACGGUCCAUGAGAUCCUUGGAUUUCAACACAAGAUCACAAAUAACAAGGGAGGCCAUCAGCCUGGUGUGUGAAGCUGUUCCAGGUGCCAAAGGAGGGCUCCGUAAGAGAAAGCCUCCUUCCAAAGCUUUGUCCAGCAUCCUGGGCAAAAGUAACCUGCAGUUUGCUGGGAUGAGUAUCAACUUAAACAUCUCUACCAGCAGCCUGAACCUGAUGUCACCAGAUUCAAAACAGAUAAUUGCUAAUCAUCAUAUGCAGUCCAUUUCCUUUGCAUCUGGUGGAGAUCCAGAUACAACUGAUUAUGUUGCAUAUGUAGCAAAAGAUCCAGUUAACCGCAGGGCAUGCCACAUUCUGGAAUGUUCUGACGGCCUGGCUCAGGAUGUCAUCAGCACCAUUGGGCAAGCCUUUGACCUGCGCUUCCAGUUGUACCUGCAGUGCCCCUCCAGCAAGCUGUCCUCAUUGCACGAUAGGGUGUUAAGUAUGGAGGAGUCCCCAUGGACUGAGGAGGAUGAGGAUGGUCACGAUCAUCCAUACUAUAACAACAUCCCGGGGAAGAUGCCUCCCCCAGGUGGCUUCAUCGAUGCCAGACUUAACAGCCAGUCAGCCACUGGCGCUGAGGGAGGACAGGGUCCAGUAGCCCAGACGUACUACCAGGGCAGACCCAUGCUCAUCCAGCAAGGCUCAAGUGACAUAUAUAGUAUGCCAGAAGGGAAAAGUUCAGUACCAAAAACAGGAGAGGCCCCUACCUACGUCAACACGCAGCACAUAGAUGCCCAGGUUCUAGCUGCUCUUCAGGGGGAAUCGGAGCCUUCACCUGAGGGUGGAGUCGGAGUGGUCAACAAAGACAGUCCCCGGAAGGACAUGUUCGAUAUGAAGCCAUUUGAGGAUGCUAUCCUUACACAAUCCCAGGCACCAGGGCUGCACAAGGCAGCCUCAGUGGACAACUCAAGCCCCUUGUUGGUGCGCGCAGUGGCCUUCCGGGCCCAGGAGGAGCUGGAGGGCCAGCCCUGGUACCACCAUGAGAUGAGCCGCAAAGAUGCGGAAAAGCUGCUGAAGGAGGACGGGGAUUUCCUGGUGCGGAAGAGCACCACUAAUCCAGGCUCCUAUGUCCUCACAGGGAUGCACAAUGGAGUUGCCAAACACCUGCUACUAGUGGACCCAGAAGGCACGGUACGAACAAAAGAUCACAUAUUUGAGAGCAUCAGCCACCUGAUUGGUCAUCACCGUGACAACAAUCUGCCCAUUGUUUCCGCUGGAAGUGAACUGUGUCUGAAACAGCCUGUGAUUAGGAAAUAGUGACACCCCACCCUUAACAAACAAAACAAAAACAAACAAACAAAAAAAAACUUGCGGGUCACUUCACCCAAACUUGAAACUUGAAGAUGAGAACGGAGAAUCUCCUAUUGUCAGAGAUUAACUACUGUUUGAUGACCGUGACUUGGUCAGUGAAAUGGUCAUGGGGCAUCUGGCUGGCAAUCCUGGACGAUUUGUUGAUAAAAAUGACAUGAUUUAUAGAACUGUUAUUAUUUUGUUGUGAUUGAAAUUAUAUAUUUUUUGAGAAGACAUAGGUGCAUUUGGACAUACUUGUUGAUUUGGUGUUUUAAAGCAAAAAGGGACAACUGUUAAUACUUUAGAUGAAGAGCAAAUUGACCUCAAGGAGGGAUUUAAAAAAAAAACAACGUAUUUUAGAAUAAUCUAAAAAAGUUUUAGUUUUGUCUAUCAAGCACAACAAGAUUUACACCAUUGUUGGUAUGAGGUAGAGCAGAAAAAUGAAAACAAAAAAUACUGUUUGUAUUUAACUAUUUUAGGAUUUGUCCUUAAUUGCAGCUAAUGUGACAAACUCAUUUGGUAGCGUAUCAAAUCACUGUUGAUUCUGCUUUUAUGGAAAAGAUGUGAACGUGUUUGCUUUACAGUAGUGACAGUGUCAGGCACAUGCUCACUUGCUCUGCACAGGCACACACACAAGAUGAAGAUUCUCUCUCUCUCUCUCUCACACACACACACACACACACACACAGCUUUAAGACAACUGACAUUUUUCUAUUGAAGUGCACAUGUCACUGCACUCGCAUGACUUGAAAACUUUAACUGUUCUUGUGGUCAUUGUUGGUAGACCUUGAACCCCUGGAGAGGUGCUCGUGUAUGCUCACAAUGUAAAAUGUUUAAUGCUUUUCAGAAUAUUUAUGAAUUUGGUUCCUUCUUUAAAAUGUAAAGGAUGUGUAGUACAAUUAGUUCAGGGCUUAAUUUAUAACAUGGAUAUUUAUAUCAGUUAUAGCUUUCAUGGCUUGAUUGUGGGCUUAAAACAAGAAACACAUUAUUAUUAUUAUUACUGCUAUUUCUAUUGUUAUUUAUUUCAGAUUAAAAUAUUAUUAACAAUAGCACAAUCAACACUUAGAUUGUCUGUGUGAACAGUGAAAAGGUGAGUCACUAGUGUGGUCUUGCGCAAUCACAGUGCCAUUGGGCUUAAUUAAAAGUGUCUUGGUUUUCACAACAUGCAGCCUUACUUCAAACAAACAAAAAUCAAUUGUGUGGAAAUGAAACGACAGCACCUUGAUGUCACACUUCUGAUCACCCAGAUAACUGAUCAUCUGCAUCAGCAGUCUGGCAUUUUUAUAGUUCACCUGUCAGUCAUACAAGAAUGUCCCUUGAGGACACUGAAUGUGUAUUCCCUUAUAAUAAGAUGGCAGUGUGCUUACAGUUAUACAUGAUUAACUACAGUCUGCAAACACUAUCUAUAACUCUAUUUAUGAUACAAACUAUGCCAUUAAAGGGUUAAGGAUGUAGGGAUCAACAGAGACUAUUGCAGCUUGCUGACACACAGUUCUUUUGUACUGUAAUACUGUAGCAGAAUUGUAUGACAGAAAUGACAAGACACACAGUGCACAGGGACAUGGUUUAUUUAUUGCAUUCAAAUGUGAUUGAAAAUUAAACUCACGAAUGCAAGUGCAUACAUACAUACAUACAGUAAAAAGUAUCUUAAAGAGUCUGAUUACAACAGUUUGCUUCAUUUUUCAUUUUCAGUGGAAUUUAAUUGAGAUGUAUUCUGUUGUAAAGCAGGCUACAUUUUCUGGAAAUGUUGGAAGCACUUUGAGGAAUAAUACAAUUUCAAAUUUCAACUUCAGUUACUGUUACAGCCAGGUCUUCACUGAUGACUGCAGGUCAUAAUAAAAACAAUCAAUUGUACUGUUUUAAACUGAUGUGAUGGGUCAUAUUUAGCUGAUGAGCUUGCAGUUGGUCAGUCUCCAUCCUGAUUUAGUUUAUUUGCUAAAAUACCUAUGUAAGCAACAGACUAUACUAUCCUAACUGGAGUAAAACAUUUAUAGUUAUUUCAAUCUAACUUUGGCAUAUAAAUGGCAGAUAACACUCUUGGGUAAACUAAAGCUAAAGGGAGCCAUGAGGAAGAAAAACACAACAAAAACUAUUCUAUAUAUUCUUGUGUAUAGUUAGUAUGUUAAUGGACAUACAAAGUAGGUUAUUUAUUAAGUGGAGUGUUCUAUUUAAAAGUGAGCACUCCUUGUGGAAACAAGGUCAAGGUCAUUUUCCCUUUCCAGUUCCAGUUCCAAACACAUUUUGUAUUUUAUGUUACCCGAUGAAAAAAUAAAUUAUAUUAUUUCAUUUAGAUUCAUUUUAUUACAUGCAAACUUAAGGAGUUGACCUUGCAAAUAAUUGAGCUAUUACUCCCAAAUGUUGGCAUUGUAAGCAAACUGGCUGAACACACAUUACAAGAUUUAUAUUUAGGAAAAUGUGCCUUUAAUUUGUACCAAUGGGAUUUCCUCUUCAAAGUGCAAUAGCCAGUCCAAGGUUUUGUGAAGUGGCCAUGAUUGACGAAUUGCUGCUGGAGAUACAACGAAGUUUCUCUCUGUUUCAAUUUCAAUUUCCCCGCACUACAGUCCAGUGGAUCACAGGAAUUUUGGACAGACAAACAAACACAAACAAACAAACAGAAAGUGAAGUCCAAACAAUGUUUACAUGUUUAAUUUUCAGUUGUAUGAGUUAUCAUCUUUCUGUAUGACUGUUGGCAAUAAAACUGUGAAUGUGAA